AUGGCACCGGCUGCACUUGAAGACUUCGAGACCCAGCGGCUGCACGGCGAAGAGUUGUCUACUGCCCCUGUGGCUUACACUCCGUCUGCUGCUUUCAAGUCAAAACAGCAGCAGGGAAAGCCGGAUGCCGUUUCCCUUUCACACCAUUUCAGCAAUGAGAGCCGGGACUUUGAGGGGUCGCCGCUCAAGAAGACAGCCCUAAACCGGACCGACUUCGUCCCGUUGGGAACGGGUAGACCGACUGCUGAGCUUUAUCCUUGGUCCCUAGAUGACAAGCAAGCACAAGCAACUGCCACUGCCCUGUCAGCAAAGGGAUACAAUCUUACGACGGCUUUGAACUACGGACACGCUGGUGGCACACCUUUUCUCAUCAGAUAUUUGACCGAGCAUGUUGAGCUCGUCCACAAUCCUCCGUACCGUAAUUGGGAGACAUGCCUCACUGCGGGGUCGACGUCGGCCAUGGAGAUUGCGCUACGAAUCUUUGGCGACCGUGGCGACGUGGUGCUGACCGAGGAGUUCACUUACCCUGGCUUCCUGGAGGCUGUGCACCUGUCUGGAAUGAAAGCCAAGGGGGUCAAAAUGGAUGACGGGGGAUUGAGAGAGGACUCGCUUGCAGAGAUCCUGGACAACUGGAACACUAGCGAUGGCCCUAAACCAAAACUUCUAUACACGAUUCCGACGGGACAGAACCCAACUGGGUACACGCAAUCCCUUGAGCGACGAAAGGCAAUCUAUCGAAUUGCCGACCGUCACGACCUGAUCGUUAUUGAAGAUGACCCGUACUAUUACAUCAAGGCGGGGCCAUUGGCUGAAUCUGACGCCUCUGCACAGACGGACGGGGGAGGUUUCAUCUCACAGCUCAUCCCUUCAUACCUUUCCCUUGACACGUCGGGGCGCGUCAUUCGCCUUGACUCGACCGCCAAGAUCCUCGCACCCGGGCUACGGGCUGGCUGGGUAACAGCUAGCGAGAGGGUCAUCAGCAAGUUCAUGGCUUACCACGAGGUGACGACGGUGGCUGUCAGUGGCAUGAGCCAGCUCAUGCUGUAUGACCUGCUUGAUAGGACCUGGGGCCACGAAGGAUUCUUCCGCUGGCUCGAAAAGCUGUCAGGCAGAUACCGCAAGCGCCGAGACAUCAUCGUUGGCGCCUGCCAGAAAUACCUUCCUCGGGCGGCAUGCGACUUUAUCCCCCCGUCCUACGGGAUGUUUGUUUGGAUCCGAUUUGACAUGGCUCUGCAUCCCCAACUAAGGGAACUUUUGGGCAGCCCAGACGUGCAGAUGCUGCGUACAACCGUGGCGACAGUGGAGCAGAGGAUCCUACAAGACGCUUUGCAGAAUGGGGUACAGGUCACCAAGGGCUCCCUGUUCCGGAGCAGCGGGGGGGAAGCACACGAGAUGUUCUUCCGCCUAACAUUUGCGGCCGCCCGAGAAGAUGAACUUGCCGAGGGUGUUCGGCUCUUUGCGGAGGUCGUGAGAAAGGAGUUUCUGGCCGAUGCUGUGGGCUUGUAG